AUGGGCAAGAUCACGACUCAGCUUGUUGUAACAGGAUCAGAGAGGAGAGGCAGGCCAAAGGCUAUCCAGCCAGGCAAUCGUGAGUGGGUGACGUUGAUUGCUGCGAUCAACGCAGCUGGCUGGUCAAUCCCACCAUUCCUCAUCUUUGCUGGCAAGUACCAUCUCUCUGCCUGGUACGAGGAGGAUAUUCCACGUGACUGGGCGAUCGCAGUCAGUGACAACGGCUGGACAACCAACGAGCUUGGAGUUGAGUGGCUGAAGCACUUUGUCAAGCAUACAGAGGCUCGGGUAGUAGGCGCACGUCGCCUGCUUAUCCUUGACGGCCACGAGAGCCACCACUCUCUUGAGUUUCAGCAGCUCUGCAAGGAGAACAACAUCUACACGCUCUGUAUGCCACCUCACUCAUCACACCUGCUGCAACCUCUUGACGUUGGCUGCUUCUCGCUGUUGAAGCGCGCAUACAGCUGUGAGGUUGAGAGCCUGAUCCGCCACCACAUCAACCACAUCACUAAGCUUGAGUUUCUGCCA